AAUAGAUUCUGCUCGAAGUAAAGAAAUAUCACUUAACAGAGAAAAAUUUAGCAAGUGUAGACUAUAAGUAUAAAAUACGUUGUGUUUGACAUACUGUAACCAUGAAGGCUGUUUACGUACUUCUAUUGUUGGCCCUUGUUGGAAUCAUUUGUGCAAAAGCUACUCUCGAUCGAGCGAAAGAACCAUCUCAUUCAAAGCAUCCUCCUGUACAUUCUGGUAAACAUGAUGAAAAUGAUGAACACGGUGGUGGACAUGACGGUGGACAUGACGGUGGACACGAUGGUGGACACGAUGGUGGUAACGAUGGUAACGGUGGUAACGGUGGUAACGGUGGUAACGGUGGUAACGGUGGUAUAGGAUUAAUAACCAUACUUUUGAAAUUGGUGUGCAGUUUACUGGGAAACUUACUAUAUAGUCUAGGUCUAGGUGGUCUUUGUACAAAGUUUUAA